AGGGCAACAGCCCCCAGAAGAGAUGUUCUUCAUGAAGGAAACCUUUGACAAUGCUAGUGGCCCUGUUGCUCUCAUCCAUGCUGUGGUGAACAAACUGGAUGAAGUGGAAUUAGAAGAGGACUCCAUUCUGAGUCAAUUCAUCUCUGGAACUCAAGCCAUGGCUCCAGAGGACAGAGGCAAUGCCUUGCUGGAGAAUGCCGACAUCUUGUCUGCAUUGAAAGCAGCUCAGGACCACCAU